CUGAUCCUCGCCCGACGACGCUGCACCUGCCCGCCUGCAGCGUACCUCUCUGAGGACCCCCCACCACCACCAAACAACGCCUCUUUCGCGAGGGUCUCGAUUGUUGAAUUUCACAACAUAACGCAACGAACCACACCCAAUCCUAACGCACCGUCUCCCUCUUCAGCCGAACUUCAAUCUCGCGGGACGGUCGAUUUAAGCAUUCUUCUCUGCAUGGUCAGAGCUACCGAGUCCCGUUAACACGCCACCUGCUGCGACCCUCUCCUCCUCCCCCUCCUCUUCCUCCUUCCCCGCCUCGUCUCCGCCUGCCACAGUCGAUAGAUACCCCGUCAAACGACAUCGAGCGACCGCCAAGAUGUCUUCGUCGAGCGUGACCCAGAACCCGACGCCCCAGACGGUGAUUCAGCUCGUCCAGAAGCUAGGCGAUGCCGACCCGGACUUCCGCUUCAUGUCCCUCAACGACCUGCUCCAGGUCCUGGCAAACGGCAAGCCCGACUUCCUGCACCAUGACUACAACGUCGCCGCGCGUACUGUUGACAGUAUCAUCAAGACGCUCGACGAUCAAAAUGGAGAGGUGCAGAACCUGGCCAUCAAAUGUCUUGGCCCGUUGGUCAUGAAGGUCCCGACGCCCAUUAUCGCGCCGAUGAUUGAGAAGCUUUCCUCCAUAAAGCUGAAGAACUCUGUUGACAAUGCAGUUCCCUCGUUGGCUCUGCGUGCCGUCAUCAUGGCCCUGCCGAAACCCACACCCGGCCUGCCGUCUACGAAGGAGGUACAAGAGUCCUACCAGGCUGUCAGCCGGGUCCUGAUCCCGCGACUCCUAGGCCCGGGAGGCAAGUCCCAACCGCAAAACCCUCCCAACAAUAUCCAGCUGCCUCCCGUCCCGCAAGGCCUUCUCAAGGUGGACAAGGACCUCAGCGCAGAGUCGGUUGACAUCCUCAUUGAGGUUGUUAGGUGCUUCGGCACGAUGUUGUCUGCCCUCGAGGUCGAAGCGAUGCAGGACGCCGUCAUCAGUCUGCUGGAGAACGACAAAACGUCCUCGGUCGUUAAGAAACGGGCCGUGGUGGCGAUUUCGAUCCUCGCUGUUCAUCUAUCAGAUGACCUGCUGGGCCAGUUGGUUCAACGGAUGGCCAGCAACCUUGGCAAGUCCGAAAUAUCCGCAGUAACGCGCCGCCUGUACAUCUCCAUCACCGGAUCUCUGGCAAGGUCGAUUCCCGCCCGAUUCGGUACAUACCUCAACACCUUGGCGCCCUUCAUUCUCCAGGCCCUUAGCGAGGGCGAGCUCGAGAAGCACCUGGAGGAGAUUAGCGAUGGAGACGAUGUCGGUCAAGACUUCAACGAGUUGCGGGAGUCUGCCCUCGUGGCGCUGGAGUCGUUCCUUGCGGCAUGCCCGACGGAAAUGCGCCCCUUUACCGACGACACGAUUAAGGCGACGCUCCGAUAUCUCAAGUACGACCCCAACUACGCCACAGGCGACGACGACGAUGAUGAAGAUAUGGAGGUCGACGAUGAUGAAGACGAGGAGGAUGCCGACGACGAGUUUGAUGACGAUGCUGGUUUCGAUGACGAUGACGACGCGAGCUGGAAGGUCCGUCGUUGCGCCGCUAAGGCUCUCUACACACUCAUCUCUACCCGCGGAAGCGGCGACUUGCUGGAGAACGGCGUUCUUUACAGCCAGGCCGGUCCGACGUUGGUCAGGAGAUUUGAUGAGAGAGAAGAGAACGUUCGCCUGGAGGUUAUCUCCUGCCUGUCCCUCCUUGUCCGCAAGACUGGCGAGGGCAUGUACCCUACCGACCUGUCGCUCGAUGACCAAGAGCCAGAGGCCCCCAGCUUGAUUCCUGUCAGUCGGAAGCGCAGACGGCAGAGCAGCGGCGGAGGGUCUAUGAACACGCCCCACACUGCCACCGGUCUGACUUCGCCGACCCUCGAGAGGAUUCCCUCUACCGGGCCUCGUGCCGACCUGGCCCGCUUCACGCCGACAAUCGUCAAGGCCUCCACGAAGCUGCUCAAGGGCAAGGUAAUCCCUACGAAGCAGGCCAUCAUCAACCUCCUAGACGACAUCAUCACGGUUCAGCGCGGCGGCCUGUCCGACUACUUCAACGACGCCAUCGGCCCCAUCAUUGAGUCAAUCAAACCUACCGGAGCCUCUGCACUCGCCUCGUCCCUGGCAGCCUCCGGUGGCAAUGCUUCCGCCACACCCAGCACUUUGCGCGUCGCGGCUCUGAAGCUCACCAGCGACAUUGCCAAAACCCAUUCUUCGAGUCUCCUGCAGCCGUAUCUGACCAAGAUCGUGGCCGGUGUGAUAGCGGCAGCCAACGAUCGGUUCUACAAGAUCUCAAGUGAAGCCAUUGGCACGAUUGAGGAACUUGUCAAAGCGAUCACCCCGCCUCGGUCCAAGAUGACGGCACAGAAGUUCAAGGGCGAGCUGCAGAAGCUGUUCGACACAAUCAUGGAUAGAAUCACUGCAACCGAUGCCGACGCCGAAGUCAAGCAGCGAGGCAUCCACGCUCUGGGCGUGUUGCUGUCAAGAACGUCUGGUGCUGACGGCGCUGGCUUGGUCCAGGCGGACAAGCGCCAGGCAGCCUUGGCUGCUCUGCUUGAUCGACUGAAGAACGAGACGACCCGUCUUGCUGCCGUCAGAGCCGUCGACAACGUUGCCGCUUUCAGCACCAGCAGCGGACAGCUGGAAACGUCGUGGAUCCGGGAGGUCGCCUUGGAGCUGGCCGGACAGCUACGCAAGGCCAACCGGUCUCUCCGUGGCUCCAGUGUCCUAGCCCUCAAGCAUCUUAUCGUAUCGCCCACGGCCAGGGGCGAGCUGGACGCAAACACCAUACAGGGCCUUGUCUCGGCGUUGGUGCCAGUUAUUAGCAACAACGACACCCACCUGCUGGCGCCUGCGCUGCUCAUUCUUGCGAGCCUUGUCGAGGAGAAUGCGGAUCUCGUUGUCACAGAAUCGAUGACGGCAACCAUCUGCACCCUCCUUAAGUCCAGCUACGCCAGUAUUGUCCUGGACCAGAUCCUCAUUCUUGUCACGAAGGUUGGUGAGAGCGGCGCCGGCCAGCCUCUUAUGCAAGGGCUUCUCAAGGACGUCAGCAUCGAAGGCGACCCCGUUGUGGUUGGCAAGGUCAUUGGCGCGCUCCUCGUGGCCAGCGGAAGCUCUGCUGGUGUAACAGUUGAGAGCUUCAUCUCGGAGCUGCAGACCAGUUCGAACAAUAAGGAUGACGCUCGCCUGAGCUUGGCACUGGCGGUGCUUGGCGAGGCCGGUCUGCGUCUUGGGGCCAACUCGCCGCUGAAGCCGGAUCUAUUCUUGCAGCAGUUCCACGACGAGCCCGACAAAGUCUCGAUUUCAGCCGCUGUGGCUCUCGGCCGCGCGGGCUCGGGCAACGUUUCCGGGUACCUCCCCGUGAUACUGGCAAACAUGCAGAAGGGUGGCAACACACAGUACUUGCUGAUUCAAUCGAUCAAGGAGAUCUUGCAGCAGGUCACCGUUCUGUCUUCGGACGUCGCCAAGUUUGCUGGCGACAUCUGGCAGCAUCUCCUCUCCGCCUCGACCAUUCCCGACAACCGUGUCGUUUGCGCAGAGUGUGUGGGCCGGCUGACCAUCAUCGACUCUCAGAGGUUUAUGCCCCAGCUGCAGUCCCUUCUGAGAGACCAGAGCCCUGAUAUCCGUGGAAUGACAGUGCAGGCCGUCCGCUACACGCUGCCUGACAGCGACGAAGCCUUUGACGCCAUGCUCAAGAACGUCCUUGUAGACAUGCUUCUCAUUAUGCUUCAGGACUCGGAGAUGGACAACCGCCGCUUGGCCAUGUCGACUCUGAACUCGGCAGCCCACAACAAGCCCGAUCUGAUUCUGCCCCACCUCAGCGAGCUGAUGCCAUUCGUGUUGGCUGAGUCGGUCAUCAAGCCGCAGCUGAUCCGCGAGGUCAUGAUGGGCCCUUUCAAACAUAUGGUGGAUGAUGGCCUUGAAGUCCGCAAGAGCGCAUACGAGACUUUGUACGCUCUCAUGGAGACGGCUUUCUCACGGAUCAACAACAUCGACUUCUACGACCGCGUGGUCGCGGGUCUGAAGGACGACAACGAUAUUCGCAGUCUCUGCAACCUAAUGGUUUCCAAGCUGAUCGUUCUUGACCCCGACGAGACGAGCCGCCGCUUGGACUCCAUCGCAGAGGCGUACCGCGCCAUUCUGUCAACCAAGUUGAAAGACGGUGCCGUAAAGCAGGACGUGGAGAAGCAGGAGGAGGCAAAUAAGAGCGUUUUAAGAGUAACUCUUCUGCUUGGCGACAGACUCAAGGGCGCCAAGGGGGCGGCGCCCGGCAAGGCUGCAGCAAACGCCAAUGCAGGCGGUGCCAGCCAGGCCUGGAAUGCUUACUGGGAGUGGGUCAACAAGGAGUUUCAGACGCAGCUAAGGUCUCUGCGUGAGGAAAACAAGGAGAACCGCGGCGCGUAGGGUGAGUCAUGUAAGGUGAGGAGGGGAGAGGGGGUUGAGGUUGGCCUGUGAAUUAGCCAGGCAUCACUUGGAGCGACAUGAACAGCAGAGGAAGAAUAAGAUCUCGGCAUUGACUUGACGUUUUUGACCAGGAGACUUUGACAAGCAAUCGAAUUUGAUAAAGGCUUUUGUCGUUACCCCUUGAUUUCUCUGUGAUGCUGGGAUGGCCGUGAACCUAGUCAAGGGGGCCAGUCCACACAUAUGAAGCCCAAGAUCGUCACAGUUACAGUCAUAGUCACAUCACACCGGAAGUGGAAGAAAUGCAUAUCUUGUAUAGCAAGAACAUUGUGAGCAAAACACUUGUUGCAAGGCGAGCGCCAUCGUCGAAAGACAUUUUAUAAAUUAUGUAGAACAGACACGAUUCAUUGGAGGAGAGAUUGAUUUGC